AUGCUCUCCCCAGCUUAUAUGACCAACACUGCUAAAGCGCACGGCCACGACGCUGACGGUGCAGUUGGCGCAGCGGCUCUCGACACUCUGAAGAAAAGGAAGAAGAGCAAGGGAAAUGGAAAGGGCAAAGGACCUAUCAGAGCUAAGAACAAGAAAACACAGGAGAAGCAAGACCCUAGCACAAAGAAAUAUGUCAUCAGAGUUAGGGACUUUGAGGCUAUGGCGAAACAUGUUGCCGAGACGAAUGCUGUUGCGGUUCCUCAUCGGACUGCUUUCGACGAUCAUUCUCUCAGAAGCUCACAGAGAGCGGUGCAAGAAGGGAUCGCCGCUGGUGCUUCUUACUCUCAUUUCGUUGAGGUCCUGGAGAAAGUCCGCGGCUAUCUCAAACCCAUCAUGGAAGCUGAUCUUUUCAAAUCAGAUGAUCUCGACAAGAAGACGGAUAUCAAGACAAACCACACCGCCAAGGGCAUGUUUGACGUUCUCAACGUCUACACUCCUUCAGAGGAAUUCCUCAACGCCUCUGACAUCACGCCUACCCCUACAACUGAAACUCAAUACACCGUUGAGGAAGAGGUCGCCUGGGAAGACGCCUUCUUCGCUUUUACCGCUCUUCUCCGUGACUAUGGUUAUCUCAGCCAAGAGAUCCAUUCGCUCUGGGUGAAGUACGCCAAGGGCGAACUUGAUCUUGCCGCUGUGGCUCUGGCUACCAACACAGCGUUUGAGUUUGCCCACAGCAUAGAGAUGGACAUCAAGAAGGUGAUGGACAAAUUCGGCGGCACAACUGUUUUCGCGCACUUGUGCUUCGAGGCAGCUUGUGAAGGGCUAGGAAUCGACAAGGAAAGGAAUAGCCCAGGCGCAAUGUACAACCUUGCGGCUUACGACGUGGCCAAGGUCCUGACUCUAGACAUCAUGGGUGACGUGGAGGACGAGCUUGUCCGCGGCAUAGGCGCUGCGCUCAAAGAAAAGAAAGAGAACCCUCGUCUCUGGAUAUCGUGGGCUCUUCAGAUGUAUCUCGACAUUGUCCAGGGUCUUGGAGAGUCCAUCGGACGCGGGUAUGAGCAGUUCAAGCAGGAGAGUCUGAAGAUCCAAAAGGCUCUUGUUGAUCUUCCUAAGACGGCUGAGCGCAGGCAAGUCCUCCAAGUAGCGACGCGCUGGAACCACGACCCUAUCUAUGAGACGAACCAGUCGAUGAUGGAGUUCGGUGCUAUGGCUCACAGUGAUGAUAAUGUGGCGUUCCCGUUUCUUCGUCGGAACCCUAUAUACUGCGGUCUUUUGAUCCAUCACACGCGAGCUAUGCUGCAUGUCAAUGGUGGUCGUAUUCCCGAAGGCCAAGCGUGGGAGGGUCUCGAGGAGUUCUGGGGAUACCAAGGCAACCCGUGCUUCUUCGUUGGAAAUCCGUCCAAGGACCUUGAGGGCUACUACAACAACUACUGUCUCUGCCUGGGCACUUCACUCACCCAUUGGGCACCGAACACAAAGUUAGAUGGCUGGGUGUCCCUUUCGUUGGACAGCCGUAUUUGUGUGGAUAAUCCCCAUGAGCCUUGGACAAUUGCUACUGUCGGAGAACUCUUGACGGAGUGUCUUAAGAAGGCAAUGAUGGAUGGCAAGGGUCAUAUAAAGGAGGACCUGAAGCAAAAGGCCAAGGAGGCCAACCUCGAGGCAGUGCCAAAAUCUCCAAGUGGUUUCAUCGAAUAG